CACCCAUUUUCUUCUCUAACUCCCCCAUAAAUUAUGCAUAUGCCAUCUGAACCGUCCUUCAAGAACCAACAUAAUCAACAAAUAGGGAGUUUACAUGGAUACCUUAACCAAUGAUGUUCAAGGCUUGAUUGACUUGUACGAGGCAACCUAUAUGAGGAUGCCAGGUGAAGUUACACUAGAUGAUGCUCUUAUUUUCACAAAAGCUCGACUUGAUGACAUAGCAAAAGAUCUUCAAUGGGCGGCCAACAAUAUUGACACAAUUAACCAAAUACAACAAGCAUUAAAACAACCUAUACGAAAAAGGUUGCCAAGACUAGAAGCACUACGCUACAUACCUUUCUACCAAGAACAAGCUUCUCAUAACAAGUCUUUACUAAAACUUUCCAAGUUAGGGUUUGACUUGCUUCAGUCGCUACACAAGAAAGAGCUUAGUCAACUUUCCAAGUGGUGGAAAGUUUACGAUGUGGCAAAGAAUGUGCCUUACGCAAGAAAUAGAUUGGUUGAAUGUUAUUUUUGGGCACAAGGUGUGUACUUUGAUCCUAAAUAUUCUCGAUCCAGAAUUUUCUUAGCAAAAGUUCUUGCUGUGAUAACUAUUUUGGAUGAUACAUAUGAUGCUUAUGGAACCUAUGAGGAGCUACUUAUACUUACGGACGCAAUUCAAAGGUGGUCGAUUAAGUGCUUGGAUGUGCUUCCAGACUACAUGAAACUCAUUUACCGCAUGGUUUUGGACGUUUUUACAGAGAUGGAGCAAAUCAUGGCAACUGAGGGUAAAGCUUAUCAUAUAGACUACGUGAAAGAGGCUAUGAAAGAAUACAUGAGAAGUUACAUGAAAGAAGCCGAAUGGAGAAAUGAAGGGUAUACUCCAACAACCGAAGAGCACAUGUCGAUCAGUUUGAUUAGUUGUGCCUACAAAUUCCUGCUAAUAGCAAGUUUGGCUGGAAUGGGUGAUAUAAUCACAGAUGAAUCAUUCAAAUGGGCUUCCACUUAUCCUCCUCUUGUCAAAGCUUCUUGUAAACUUUGUAGGUUCCAGGAUGAUAUUGUCUCCCACAAGGAGGAGCAAGAAAGAGAGCAUGUUGCCUCUGGAAUUGAAUGUUAUGUGAAGGAGUUUGAUGUGACUAAGGAACAUGUCUAUGAUUUGUUCAAAGAAAAAGUUGAAGAUGCAUGGAAAGAAAUGAAUCGGGAAUCCCUCAUGUGCAAAGAUGUUCCAAUGCCUAUAAUUAUGCGCACAAUUAAUUUGGCACGUGUAAUUGAGGUCUUGUACAAGUAUUCAGAUAAUUUCACACACGUUGGGGAAGAAGUGCAAAACCAUAUCAAUUCACUUAUGCUCCACCUUAUGAGUACAUGAGUUCAUCUUCUUCAUGACGUGUGUCUGAUGUAUGUGGAAUUUGAUCCCUUAUCAUAAAGAUCCGAUUGAUCUUGUGGAUGUUGAGCAUGAUCUCAACUUCUUAGAUGUGCGGCGACU